CAUACAAAAGCUUGCGUAGACAAAACCCCGCUGGACCUCUAUCGCAUCCCACCGAGACAAACUAAUACUCUGCCUGCGAUGGCCAAGCGCGUGCUCAUUGCCCUUGCGGCAUUCGUGAUGCUGAACGCUGCUACCGCGACUAUCGUCGGAGGCAGCAGCAAGGCGGCCGUUUCGGACCCGGACGUGGUGCAUGCUGCCAACUUUGUGGUCUCCUCGGCCAACACCAACGCCUGCUCGGGCCUGUGCGCGGGCCUGCAGAAGGAGGGCGAGCUCAAGCUGGUCAAGGUCCUGUCCGCCAGCACGCAGGUGGUGGCGGGCGUCAACGUGCACCUGGAGCUGCUCAUGGCCGAUGACACCGGCAAGCAGACCGUGGUGACCAGCACUGUGUGGAGCCGGCCCUGGCUGGCGUCCAAGAACGACGCCGCCCAGCCCGCCACCCAGAUCACCGCCCUCACCUUCAAGCCCCUGGACGGAACCCUGGAGUAGAGAGCAGAGCCACAGGCAGCUCGAGGCCCUGGGAGAGAGGGACAGCGAGCAGGCAGGCGGCAUGGGCUGAAGCGGCGGGCACCAGGGGCGGUGGCUAAGCUGCCAGGGUCGGUACUGUGGGCUGCUGGCUGCAGGCCGGUGCUUCGCCGGCGCCGCACAGGCUGAUGGCAUGAGGUGUUAGGACAAGCCGCUCGUGGCACAGGCCAAAGUGGCCAUGUUAUUUUAGUCCCCGCAAGCCCAUUCAUAGGUUGCAGCCAGUGAUGCAACAUGUAUUAUAACGCUGGACGUGUUAGCAUAAUGUAAUAAAUAGGAAGCGGUAUGCGGCUUCCAUUUCAGGCUUGAGGGAUGUGGGCACGUUGAUGUAAGGAGCCAUUUGAUGGACGUGAGUGUCCCUGAGCGUCAUUUGCUGCCGCAAUGCACUUGUGUAGACCUACGUGGACUGCGGAGUGUGGCCUUCAGAUGCCAAGUACAUAAUUGAUGUAACUAAUAACACAG